GAAAAGAAAAAUUGUGGAGUGAGGAACAGAGGGAGUAAGUAAUAAACAAAACAGCGCAUCAAUGUGAACUAAACUAAAUAGCAGAAAAUGGGCUAGUAAAAUUCGAAGCCCGAUCACAUCUUUCAGAUCCGGCCCAGCCUCGAACACCGUGGGCCGUGAAAUCGUCAAAGUUUAAGAUACGGCGUCGUGCCAUUCACCAUAUCGAACUUUUAUUUUUCCUUUUCUAUUUGCAUUCUCCAUUUUCCCUUCUUCUUCCUCUGAGAGAGAGAUCCUGAGUUAGGGCUCGAGAAUCCGUCGUAAUAUCCAAUCGAUACGUGAAAAGUCUUCCAUUGAUCGAAGAUGCUGAGGGUAGCGGGGAGGAGGUUGUCCUCUCUCUCAUGGCGGUCGGGUCAGGCUCCAUCCGCCGCAUUCGCCUCCAGAAACCCGUUUGUCGGCGGCGAUUCAUUAUCGGAUGGACGCACUUCUUCACCCGUUCAAUCAAUUUCUGUUUUUGAUCAGAUCAGAGGGUUCUCUUCUGGUGCCCUUGCAGCAGGGCAGGACUCAGGCUUGGUUCCGGAAGCCCCUGCUACAGUUGCAGCAAUCAAGAAUCCCAGCUCAAAGAUUGUCUACGAUGAGCACAACCACGAGCGUUAUCCACCAGGUGAUCCCAGCAAACGUGCGUUUGCAUACUUUGUUUUGACUGGAGGUAGGUUUGUAUAUGCAUCAUUGGCUCGACUCCUUGUGCUCAAAUUCGUUUUGAGCAUGUCUGCUAGUAAAGAUGUCCUUGCUCUGGCUUCCCUCGAGGUGGAUCUGUCUAGUAUUGAACCUGGGACAACUGUCACUGUGAAGUGGCGUGGGAAGCCAGUUUUCAUCAGGCGCCGAACUGAAGAUGACAUCAAAUUGGCGAACAGUGUUGAUGUUGCCUCGCUUCGUGAUCCACAAGAGGACGCUGUGAGGGUCAAGAAUCCGGAAUGGCUCGUGGUUGUCGGGGUUUGCACCCAUCUGGGUUGCAUCCCCUUGCCAAAUGCUGGUGAUUACGGCGGUUGGUUUUGCCCAUGCCACGGGUCCCACUACGACAUCUCUGGUAGAAUUCGCAAAGGGCCUGCACCAUUUAACCUGGAGGUUCCCACUUACACCUUUUUAGAUGAGAACAAGUUGUUGGUUGGUUGAGAGAGAAGUCGCUCUUGAAGUAAAGGAUGUGGUACGCCAAUUUUUUUGGUAAUUCCAUUAUGGUGACGAAUAAUUUUAGACCGAUUUUUAUUAGUUAGUUUUGGUCUUUCAAGGAUUCCUUAAUCUUUAUUGACUUGAUUGAUAGGCCUGCAGUCUGAAAGGGCACUGCUGUUUUUGAAUAAUGCUGGCUACUUUUCUUUAUUUUCUCCUUGGAAAGAUUUUGUAUUCAGAUUCACAUAUUUGUUGGGAGUAAACACUGUACUAUUGAGAGUUUCUUUUACGAUCAGAGUGAAACUUUAAAA